AGAAAAUAGUCUAUGUGGUUACGCCAAAAAGAAAGACAUAAAAAUUCAUCGGCCAAAACUUUUGAACCGCACUCACUCAGAUAUUUUCUUCUCACCAACCCCCCACAAAUUCACCCUAUUCUCAGCUUCAUCUGGUAAUUGUUCCAAAACCUCAGCCUCAUUCAUCAUGUCAGUAGAUGGUGGCAAUGAAUUGUUGGAUUCUAAAAUGUCUUCUUAUGAAGAGGCAAUGAAUGCUCUCUCUUCUUUGAUCACUACCCGAUCUAGAGCUGAUAAAAGUAAUAGUGGAGAUCGAUUUGAUUUGCUUUUCAAUUAUAUUAAGAUACUGGAGUUGGAAGAGCCGAUUUCCAAACUAAAGGUUAUUCAUGUCGCAGGCACCAAAGGAAAGGGUUCGACAUGUGCUUUUGCCGAAUCUAUAUUGCGCAAUUGUGGCUUCCAAACCGGGCUUUUCACGUCUCCUCACCUAAUUGAUGUUCGGGAAAGGUUUUUAUUAGACGGUGCUCAAAUAUGUCAAGAGAAGUUUAUGGCAUACUUCUGGUGGUGUUAUGAUAAGCUGAAGGAAAAAACCACUGAUGAAACACCAAUGCCUACAUUUUUCCGCUUCUUAGCUUUGCUUGCGUUCAAGAUAUUUUCUGCAGAGCAGGUUGAUGUAGCUAUCAUGGAGGUUGGACUGGGAGGAAAGUUUGAUGCAACUAAUGUGGUUCAGGCACCAAUAGUUUGCGGGAUAUCCUCCCUUGGGUACGAUCACAUGGAAAUUCUUGGGAAUACUCUUGGACAAAUCGCUGGAGAAAAAGCUGGCAUUUUCAAGGUUUGUCGAAUGUUUUUCUGUUUCCGAAAUCAUAAAUAUUUCUUUAUCCCUUUUGGAAUGCCUGAGUUCGAAGGAGAAAGAAUGCCUCUUUUGGGCGUUAUGGAGUACUCACGCCUUUUUGGUAAUAACUUAAAACUUAUGUUGCAGGAAGGUAUUCCGGCUUUUACAGUUCCACAGCCUGAGGAAGCAAUGACAGUGCUCGAAAAUAAUGCCUCGAAAUUGAAUGUUAAUCUUCAAGUAGCAGCAGCAUUGGACCCCAACAUGAUAAACGGCUUGCGUCUUGGACUUGAUGGCGAGCAUCAAUUUGUAAAUGCUGGUUUAGCCGUGUCGUUGUGCUCCACUUGGCUUCAACGGACUGGACAUGUCGAAAUUCCUCAUCACAUAAACUCGACCUCCUUGCCUGAACAAUUUAUUAAAGGGCUGACAAGUGCUAGUCUACAAGGAAGAGCACAAAUUGUCCCGGAUCAAUAUAUCAGCGCUGAAAAUCCCAGAGAUUUAGUGUUUUAUCUAGACGGAGCACAUAGUCCUGAAAGCAUGGAAGUUUGUGGCAAGUGGUUUUCGAAUGUCGUCAAAGAGGAUGAGCAGCUAGGUAACUAUGCAGAGCAUCCACCUAAUACAUCUACUUUUGAAACGAGACGUGGUUUACAUGAUUCUGCUACGAGAAGCUGCUCCACUCAGAUAUUGCUUUUCAAUUGCAUGUCUGUACGAGAUCCCCAUUUGCUGCUUCCUCGCUUGAUAAAAGCCUGCGCAAGUCACGGGGUGCAAUUCAAACAGGCUAUUUUCGUUCCGAAUAUAUCAGUGUAUAACAAGGUCAUCACUGAUGUGCCACAAUCAACGACACAAGUCGAUUUGUCAUGGCAGUUGACUCUCCAGAGAGUAUGGGAAAGUCUGAUUAACACGGACAAAGGUGGAUAUGCCAAGGAUUUCAACAUUAGUUGUGAGGAAGAGCGGGAUGAAUCAGAGAUGGGUAUUAUUAGUUGUACAAACAGCAAAGUCUUUUCUACACUUCCCUUGGCUAUAAAUUGGAUUAGAGACUAUGCUCGGCAAAAUCAGUCUGUGCGUGUUCAGGUCCUUGUAACGGGGUCACUACAUUUGAUCGGGGAUGUUUUGAGACUGAUACGAAAAUGAAAAACAGAUGAACGUUGAUGAUGCUUAGCAGAUUAUCAGUUGGAUCAAGGUCUCCCUUUAGGGCAUGAUAACCGGCUUUAAGAAGCCAUACCGAAACUUCUUACACCUUCAAGAUCAGGCCUUAUUUUACGCUCUGGUCGUUCUUCGUAAACUCAGGCACUUGAUUUUAGCUAGUAACAAGAAAAUACUUCACCCUGAUCGUUAUAGAAAGUGGAUUAAUUCAGGUAAGAAAGAAAAACCGAAAGGCAUGAAUAAACAAUUUUCGAGUUAUCUUCCAUUGUCAAUGCUUUUGCUUUUAAUUCUGGUGUUGUAAACAUUCACUCAAAGUCGAGUUAGAUCCAAAUGAAAUAUCCAUUACGCGAAUUCUUAUAA